AUGACAGCCAAGUUCAUGCCGGAGGACUCCAAGAUACAUCGAUUCACGACGCUUCCCGCCAACGGAUGGGACAACGAAGAAGUCGUAGCCGAACUGGAGAAACUCUCCAGCAUGGAACACGUCCGCUGGGAAGACGGACGAGUUAGCGGAGCAGUCUACCAUGGCGGACGCGAAAUGAUUGAGCUUCAAAAUAAAGCUUACGGGGCAUUCACCAUUGCGAAUCCUAUCCAUCCGGAUGUCUUUCCCGGUGUGCGUAAGAUGGAGGCCGAGAUUAUCUCAAUGGCUCUUGCGCUGUUUCACGCACCGAAUGAUGCCGCGGGUGCCACUACGAGUGGAGGCACCGAAUCGAUCCUCGCGGCCUGUUUGGCUGCUCGUGAGCGAGGUCGCAUUGAAAAAGGUAUUCGGAAGCCAGAGAUGAUCAUUCCCACUACCGCGCAUCCGGCGUUCCGGAAAGCCGGCCAUUAUUUCAACAUCCAAAUCCACGAAGUCGACUGUCCUGCGCCGUCGUACCAGGCCGACGUGCGAAAGGUCUCACGGCUUGUGAACAGCAAUACGAUCCUCUUAGUUGGUUCGGCACCCAAUUACCCCCAUGGAAUCAUCGACGAUAUCACUACACUCUCCCGCAUUGCUGAGUCACGAAAGGUUCUCCUGCAUGUCGACUGCUGCUUGGGGUCGUUCAUGGUGUCAAUUCUAGAGAAAGCCGGGUUUGACAGCGUGCCGUUUGAUUUUCGGCUGCCCGGGGUGACGUCCAUCAGCUGCGAUACGCACAAGUACGGGUUCGCUCCGAAGGGCACCAGCGUGAUCAUGUACCGGACGAAGCAGUUACGGUCAUACCAAUACUACAUCGCCCCAGACUGGUCCGGAGGAGUGUAUGCAUCGCAGGGGAUGAUGGGAUCGCGCGCGGGGGCUCUCCUGGCGGGCUGUUGGGCGAGUAUGGUGAAGCAGGGGGAAGCGGGAUACAUCGAGGCCUGUCGACGGAUUGUCGGCUGUACGAAGCGAAUUGAGAGGACACUCCGCGAGGCACCCCUGGGUGAUCAUCUCCAGGUGAUCGGAAUGCCGAUGGUCAGCGUGGUCGCCUUUACAAGUGCUACUGUGAAUAUCUGGCACAUUGCUGACGAGAUGAGUGCGCGGGGGUGGCAUCUUAACGCCCUUCAGGAUCCUCCGGCUAUCCAUAUCGCCGUGACGCUACCCAUUGUGCAAGCAGCCGACCAGCUGCUAGCUGAUCUACAGGAGGUGGUAGAGGCAGAAGUUUCGAGGAUUGAUAGAGGGGAAACAGGCCAAGGAACGCCGGGCAAUUCUUUUGCAUUAUAUGGGGUGGCUGGCAGCAUGCCCAACAAGGGGGUUGUGGUCAAGUUGAUCAGGGGAUACUUGGAUUCUCUGUACUCUGCAUAG